AUGUCGGGCAUCUGCGAGCGUAGGCUGCAGGAGGAGCGCAAGCAGUGGCGCAAGGACCACCCCUAUGGUUUCUUUGCGAAGCCGAAGAAGAACCCGGAUGGCUCGAUGGACUUGAAGGUCUGGGAGACUGGUAUUCCGGGCAAGGAGGGCACGAUCUGGGAGAACGCGGUCUACCCCGUUACGCUCAUCUUCCCUGAUGACUACCCUUCGAAGCCUCCUAAAUGCAAGCUUCCGGCUGGCUUUUACCACCCCAACAUCUACCCCUCCGGCACCGUCUGCUUGUCCAUCCUGAACGAGGAGAAGUCAUGGCGGCCAGCUAUCACUCUCAAGCAGAUCCUCCUCGGCAUCCAAGACCUCCUCGACGCGCCCAACCCGGACGACCCCGCGCAGCUCGAGGCAUACACGACUUUCAAGAAGGACCUUCCGGCGUACGAAAAGAGGGUCAAGCAGCAGGCGAAGGAGUACGUUCCCAAGUAG